AUGGCGGUAGCAGUGCUCACUCUUUAUUACGAAUUACCAUAUUUUCUGAUUAAUAAAGGCAUGGCUCUUGUUCCCUGUGUUGAGGACUCGUUGCCUGUGCUCUCAAAGCUUCAUAAUUCGUCUGCCCAGUUCCGCUUUGCUAACCACGACAUUAGCCUCGCUCAGGACUGGAAAAAGCUCGGGGUAGCGGCAGUUGUCUGGGAUGCGGCAGUUGUUAUGUGUAUGUACCUGGAGAUGCAGAAAGUUGAGUUGAAGGGGAGGCGGGCAAUAGAACUCGGAGCUGGGACUGGACUGGUGGGCAUCGUCGCAGCACUACUGGGCGCUCACGUGACCAUCACAGACAGACCCCCAGCCCUCGACUUCCUGUCUGCUAACGUGAAGGCCAACGUCCCCCCUCAAUACCUCGAAAAUGUCGUCGUGUCGGAACUGACCUGGGGCGAGGGGCUGGAACGCUACCCGGCCGGGGGCUUCGACCUGGUUUUCGGUGCCGAUAUCGUUUACCUGGAGGACACCUUUCUGCCUCUGUUACGGACACUGGAGCACUUGUGCUCGGAGAGCACGGCGGUGCUGCUGGCCUGUAAAAUCCGCUACGAGAGGGACGUUAACUUUUUGAAUAUGCUCAGGCAACGCUUCAAAACCGAGGAGGUCUACUACGAAAAACAAAGGGACAUACAUGUAUACAAAGCCUAUAAACUCCCACCGAAAAGGGACUUAUAA